UUCCUUGACUUACAUCAGAAAAUUGAUACCACUCUCAUGCCUUUAAGAAGCCACAGCCAGCAGCUGCUUAGCUAAGCAUAGCUUAGCGUAAAGACUGGAAACUGGGAAACACUUGGUAAGAAAGAAAAUACGCCUAUUUCACAAAAUGUCUAUCCAUUCCUUUAAAUAACAAAGUUCUUUUGUCUAUAUAUUUUUUUCCAAUAAAACAUGGAAAACCUAGGCUAAACAACUGAAAUUACAUAAAUUCUAAAACAAUCUUAAAAUAUUCACACACUAAAUCGUAUCACUGCAGUGUAUCUUCAUUUUGUUUCCAAAUAAAAAUAAGCAUCUGGAUUCUACAUCUGUCAUCUGUAAAAUCUGUCUACGUGGAAAUACCUGUAAAAAUGCAUCAUAUGUUUAAAAUGCCACUGAACAAUUUUGGUCCACCUUUUUCCUUCACUAAACCCAAAGGUUUUAGGUAUAACAACCCCAAACCCCACAUGUAUCCGCAACGUGACUCUUUUCUACCAGCACCUGACAGCAUUAAAGGCCGCCAGUACGUUUCAGCAGUUGGACGUUUUAAAUAUUUAAGGGAGAGAUCGUAACUAAUAGGUAUAACUUCAACAUUUCAAAGAGGGUGUCUAACUUUAAAUGUGGCCAUUUGGCUGCUGCUACUGUUUUUCCAACUCAUCCAUCCAAACCGUCAUUUGGUCGAGCAAACUGAUAGAAUCUACUUUGUCUCUGUGUGGAUGCACACAUCACAUGCAGUGGAAAAUGUUUUAACUUAUGUAUGUAAAGUCUGUUUCUACAGGGACACAUUAGAUGCAGGGGGCCUCUUAGUUUAAUAUUUCCAUUGAUUCAUUUAAAAACAUUGCCCUUGUUAAUUAACAAAUUAGAAAAAAUAUUGUGUCACUUGAAACGGUGUCAAUGGGGUGGUGGCGCCCUAAUUAAUGGUCAUUCUAGCUCCAGCUUUGAGUUACACAGGAGCCGCCUGUCAAACAUAACCCUGUUAGAGGAAUGUCACUUGCCUCAGUCUCAGACAUGCAUGUAGCUGCUCAUGCUUGAGCAGUGGAUUUACAACACAGUGUUCAUGGCCUAUUUAGAUAGCUUGUGAGUAUUACAUAAAAGAAAAAGAAAAUGCCUUUUUAAAUAUUUAUUUUUUAAUAUUGUGAUCUGGAAAACGUAGCCAAGGAUGGCCACCUCAAAUGGCAAAGGAGAAAAAGUGUCCAAAUUUGAGACAUUGAAACUUUUGGAGAAAUGCAGGAAGGAAAGAGAUGAAGCCAUGCACAGAGAAAGUGUUCUCAGAGAGAAACUCAGACAGUAUGAGUCAAGGAUGCGUUCAACUGAAGCUCUGAAACAGAAACUGAAGACCCUGACUCUGGACAACAAGGAGUUUAGGAAACAAGUGAAAGCUCUUCGGACUGAGAUUGGACUUGAGAGCAACCCCAAGUUCAAUGGAAAGACCACAAAGGACAUUAUCAAUGACUUGCAUGAAAAGGAGCGUGAGUGCAAUUCCCUGAUGGAGAAGGCUGGGAAACUGAGUUUGACCAUUGAUGAUCUGUCAUCAGAGUUGGCAAAUACGGUCACGUCUAAAACACUUUUGGAGGAUCAAGUGCAGUCAUUGCAGCAAAAUCUCAAGGAUAUGACAAAUAAUCAACGGCGUCUGCUGAAGUUGUGGGAAGACAAGAAGUCCCAGAGAGAGCAGCUCACUCUCCCUUCAAUUAGCCUUAAACCUGGACAGAAACCAUUAGCCCAUAAAGCAGUUCAAACUGAGAUGUCCAUCAAUUCAUCCCAAAAGCUCCCAGUCAAUGCUUUUGAGACCAAGUCAUUCUCUCGGGACAAUGACAAAAAGACUGUUUUGGGUAGUUUUCCAGCUUAUGGAAAUGGCUAUCAUCAUCAUGACAAGAAAACGUUCAUGCAUGAUGAAACUAAGGGAAUUCAGAAUUGACUUGGCCCAUGACAGGCAACCACUAACACACUGCAUUGAUAGUCCAAUAAUUAUUUGCUACAUCUGACAAUAAACAAAUGACUCAAAUUUAAACAAGGAAAAGCUGAUUUAUGGCUUGUCUUGGUGCCUUGUGUAAUUUAAUUCUGAGACAAUAAAAGUAUUUCAGUA